AUGGGUCAGCCCCAUGAGCAAGAAGGCCCUGGCAAUGUUUCGUCGGCUCUACUCUACCUUCGAAAGGACGAGAUUCACGAGUCGGAGAAACCAUACAAGCUGCAAUACAACCCGGGGGGUGACCUCCCGCACCAGAACACUGCUCAGGAGAGCCGUGGGCCAAUUCUCAUCCAGGAUCUGAGAGGACAGUCGAGAUCAUUCUCUUUCGAAAACAAUGGUUUCUCAUUCUUGAAAAUGGAAUCUAAACUGGACCCAGGAGACUUUUACAAUGUGAAAAGAGUAAAAGAUAUCUAUUAUGCUGAAAUUAAAGCUCUCCUUCUGAAAUAUUUCGGGGCAAAGCGGGUCGAAAUUUUGGAGCAUAUAACAAGAAAACGGCAUCCUGAAUUUCCAAUUUCCACUGGCGAUGACUACGACUACGCCCAGCCGACAUCAAUCACUGGAGCUGAAAGUUACAGCAUCUGGAAACCAUUACGAGGCCCUCUCGCGGAUUGGCCAUUAGCACUCUGCGAUGCCGAGAGCGUCAACUACGAGGCCGAUUUGAUCGCUGCAGAUGUGGUAUCUCGAACCGGAUACACAGAAAAUUUCCAGGUUUACUAUAAUCCAAAGCAUCAAUGGUAUUACUUGAGUGGACAGAAGUCGACAGAGCUGGCUAUCUUCUGUCAGGGCGACACAAAUUAUGUCGAUCGGAAGUGCGUCCCGCAUUGUGGCUUCCGGAAUCCUCUGAGCGACCCAAACGAGCUCCCGAGGGAGAGCAUUGAGGCGAGGGCAUUUGUUUUCUACUGA